AUGGCUCCCCAAGAAAAAACCAUUCCAAGUGCGAUAUACACGCCCCUGAAUGCAGCCGAACAGGAAAUCCGCUUGAUAACCAUUGCUCCAUCCUCGCUGGAUUCCGCAGUACGAGUAACCCUACGAACCGUUCCUCAUGCAUUGGUCAAAGGGAAAUAUCACUGUUUGAGCUAUGCUUGGGGCAACAAUGACGAUCCCAUGCCAAUCAUGAUCAAUGGACAUCGGAGUCUAGUCCGCUGCAACUUGUAUUCGCUGAUCCGUAGACUGCGAGCCUCGAAGAGAGCCACUGAUAUUUGGAUCGAUGCUCUCUGCAUUAAUCAGGAUGAUAAAGAGGAGAAGGCGAGCCAGGUGUACAUCAUGCAAGCUAUAUACUCAGAGGCAGCUGGAGUCCUCAUCGGUCUCGACGAUAGCCGAUCGCAGAUUAUGGCGGAUAUUCCGGGUCAACAUGCACUGGCGGCAGCCACUCUCCAGGGACUAGCCGAUGGCUCUCAUCUCAAUGAUCUGGCUUACUUCGCGGCCCAACCCCGUUCCAACAAGGCCUUUCGAGAAGUCUCCAGCAGCUUCGGACAGAUUCUCGAUUCAAGAUGGUUCGGCAGGACUUGGGUCGUGCAAGAGACAUGUCUCGCAAAGAAAGCCAUCUUACUCUUCCCAUCGGGAGAACUAGACUGGGAAGUCUUCGAGAAAGCCUUUGUGAAAUGGAAUCAACAUUCCAGAGAAUGCUGCCAGAAAUUCACAAACACGCUGAGUGAUGAUUUGGUCGACGCCUGCAAUCGCAUGUAUCUCCAUGUCAAAUGUAUCGCUUACACACGCAAUGGUCUCAAAAGCGACCAGCAACACAUUACGGAACCGAUGCUCAACUAUCAACAUCUAGAACUAUCGGAUCAUCGAGAUAAAAUAUAUGCUUUUCGGGGAUUACAUACAGAACUCACCCUACCUCUCCCAGAACCAGAUUAUGGAUCCAACGAGAAAACUUUCAUGGAUUUCGUACUCUGGUAUUUGGAAGAUAAACAGUCACUCCUCAUCCUUGGCUUCGAUAUGUGUUUUGGAGAAGUCGCAAAUUUGCAUCUCCCGAGUUGGGUGCCUACAUGGCCUACAUUCACCGCCGAGCAAGGAAUUGAGAGGGGCAAUCUCGCAAAAGCUAGGGGCAAGUUUCUUGAUUGUUAUAACGCUGCCGCGGGUCUGAAGAUGGCCUAUCGAUGGAAUGAUUCACAACGCAAUCAUCUACAACUGAAUGGUUUCAAAAUCAACGACAAAAUCAUCGCCGUAUCCGAGAACCACUUCUCCGGAAACGAGAAAUUCCCCGACCGACUCGAGUUGAUGAAAACCUGGUAUCAAUUCACAUACGAAGAAGAACUAUCCUCCUUCCAAAACCUCCCAACAGAAUUCUGCAUAACAAUCCUAGCCGGUAUUAUCCUCAACGACCCCAAGACCGGAGGAAAACCCCAUCCCCUCCACGAUGAAAACGACCUAACAAUCUCCGAAUUAAAAUCCACUUUCACAGGGAUGGAACGUCAAGGUUCUCAAUUUCGAUGUACAGCCUCCCAGAAAAUUUUGAUACAUUCUCAGAAUGUUGCGCUUUUAGACCGCGUUAUGUUUCGCACUGAAGAGGGGCGUAUGGGGAUUGGACCGAGCGGUGUGAAGCCCGGGGAUGAGAUUUUUGUUUUGGGAGGGGGGAGUGCUCCGUUCGUUUUGAGGAGGGUGGAUGAUGCGGAUUUUUUGGGAUAUCGACUUGUGGGGCAUGCGUAUGUGCAUGGGAUUAUGAAUGGGGAGGUUGUGGUGCAUCAUGGUGGUGGACAGUGGGUUGACUUGGUCUAA